UGGUUCUUUUGUCCGUAGUUUCAAAGCGCGUGCAUGCGCGUGGCUACUGCUCGCCGAGGUCGCGGCGCAGUCGUCAAAACAGCCAUGGCUUCCAUACCCUACACAAUGCACUCUGCUGUGAAUCUACACAAGAAGCUCACAGAAGAGCAAACAAAGAAUCUUGGCGUCAUCUUUGAACCACCGACCAGCACAGUUGAGACAACACUGCCAAAGUACAACCCGAAGCUGAUGAACAGCAUCUGGGGUCUCUACAACCGCUAUGCUCCGCACUCUUUCCAAAAGAACUGCGAAAUCCCCAGCUGCUCCGUGCCCGGGAUUGUUGGCGCCCAGGACAAGCCAUUCGGAUUGUCCCUCUGGAACCGCCUGCACUGAGCAAAAGAAUGCCGAGACAAUAAAUGGAAACUUCCGCCGACGCAGAUGGCCAAAUGAUUGAAUUACAAGUGGCUGCUUGCAAAUGCACCUCAAGUCAUGCUUGGCGGCGCCACAAGAGUGACCCCUGAAGUGAACCCGCAUCAUGUUCUGUAUGAAGUCCAAGUGCAAUAAGAUCUUAUCGCGCCCCUGCGCACUUUGUGUUUUAAGUAUGAGUGAAAGUGUGCGAGGGUGAGAAAGAAAGGUGGUGGCUUCACGUGCGAGUGCCACCUCCCAGCACGGGCAGAGGGAAAGAGGAGGAGGGGAGCGAGCUCACGGUAACGCGAUCAAGCGCGCAUGAGGGAUGGGGGGGGGGGGGGGGGGGGCAAGUUUACGUGCAUCGCGAUUUCUGGUGCAGGUCUCGGCCGUGGUGGCUGUAGGCGCGGCUGAGCUCAUGCAAAGCUGCGUAUCCUGCAUUAGAGGUAAUCUGCUCGAUGUGCAAAGAGUGGGCGUGCCGAGAUGGCGUGGCAUCAUGUAAGCUGUCUUCCCGCACGUUUAGUAUUGGAGGUUGCGUAAUCUCGAGCUUUGGUGGCCCAUUGGAGCGAGAGGACGACGAAGCAUUCGCUCCCGGCUGCCGGCACUUUUCAUGAUACCAUAAUGAUACCGUGGUCCCAGUGGGGGCGACGCUAUCAGCUAUGGGGGCAGAGUGCAUGCAAAAGCGUGGCUGGCUUUGCUUAACUAGUAGCGCCUAAGUGAGGAUAUCGUCGGUGUGGCAUGAAACUAUCAUUUGUCGCCAGGGGCGUAGCCAGGGGUGGGCCUUAUGGGGCUUCAGCCUCCCCCUCCCCAAAAUUUUUUCAUGCUGUUAUGCUCCGCCGACCAAAACAACCCCCAGCACUGAAAAUCAUGCUGCAUUUUGUCUAGAAUGUAGUUUUCAUGCUAGAAAGAACAUUUUAGAGCGAACAUUGCGAAAUUGGGCUGGAUUUCGCGGCAACGCCCAUGCACUGGCAGUCACAUAUCGUAACGCCAAGGAGCUCCUUCCGAGCACAAAGUUCCACAGGCGUGGCGGGCGGGCUCGUCGCAGCAUCUCACUAAGGCCGUGGAAUCUAGCAAGCGCUUGGAUUUCAAUUCUGAAACAUUAUGGGUAUGAAGUGCUAAUAAACUUUUGAUGCGAAAGGUGCAUUGACAUUUCCAAAGUCACUUCAAAUUUUCAAUUCUGGAACUUUGUGGGUUUAAUGUUGUUAUAAACAUUUGACGCCAAAGGUGCAUUGAUUUUUUUAAAGUCGUACAUCGGACCAUACAAUGAGACACGCCAAAUCAACGCACUAUCAGAUAAGUUGACAAAGCACGCAUUGAGAUACGAUGAGACGAAGCAUUGUGGUGGCUCAUUUGUGCCGUCAUGUCAAAGAAAAGUAUAUCAAACAAUUUUUUUUUCACCUACACCAAAGCAUCCAUGUCAAGACACUAAAGGAAGCAAAGGUAACUACAUUCUUAUUUAUUUUUCUACUUGGACUUUUAUUUGCGAGAACACAUUGAGGCUCCUCCUCCUCUUUUUUUUUUUUUUUCUCGCUUCCCAUGGGCUGCCGAACCAGCCAGAGCUCAUGCGUUUUUCCUGUGCUGCAUUGACCACCGCGCGGCGCACUUCGAUGCGCAUUCGUUUUUCUCUGGCCGAGUGUAUUUUUGCCUGGCUGAGUUUUGGACACCUUCUGGCUAGCAGACGAGAAAACGAAGCAAUGGUCGCCCGCCACCAUCACUGCGGGGACUCGAUGGAUUGCAAUGUGUUCGCUUGAGCGCAACCUCUCCGAAAAAUUUUGUCUCCGCGGUGUAGGAUACCGAGAAGUAUGUGUAUGGUUCUCUGUGGAUCAAGCGUCUCACAUUUUCUUCGAUAUUCCUUCGGUAGCCACACUAGGUGCCCAAAGUAGGCAUUCGAUUGUGGCCAACGUGCUUUCCUUUCUAUUAUUUCAUUUCGGUGCCCCCGCCCGACAAAAGAAAAAGAAAAGACAUUGUUGUCGCGCAGUGAAUUUUCGCAUGAUGAAAGUUUGAUUUUGUUACUUCUCUUGCGGAAAGUAAUUGCCCAUGGGAUGCUUCAGCUGACGGAUAUUAUAUUAUUGCGAUAGCAGUUAUAUGGACACUCCAGGCGCAUUCCUCAUCCCCAACGCACCCCCAACGCAAUUGCAAAGGCUGAUUAGGCAAGAACGGAGGAUACGCAUUGAUGAAUUGGCAGGGCAUGUGAACAUCAGUCACAGUUCGGGUCACACCAUAAUUCAUGAACAUCUCGGUUAUCAGCUCUUGUGUGCGCAAUAGAUGCCCAAUAUUAUGAAUCACUACAAGAAGACGGAGAGGUUCGGCGCUGCCUUGACUCAUCGUUCAUAAAGCAUAAAAUUAUAAAAAUAGAAUAUUUCUACACUUAUCGCGUUCUAAAUUAAUUUUAUUUCUCAAAGAAUGCCUUCAAGAAAUUCCUAGUGUCCAGUGCAUCUUUGACACCGAAUUCAAUUCUUCCAAUACAAGAAAUAGUGAUACGUAGUAGGUUCCGUAGUUUUGUAAUAAAUAUAGCCUACAGUCAUUACAGCAUAAUCUACCAUACGUUUUAAAUAAAUAUCAAGGUACAUAUACUUCAUCCAAGGAACUGCGAAUGCUUUUUGUAAACAUGUGAUCACUGAUUGUUUAUCGUUUUUCAGAGCCAACUGUGUUACUGAUUUUGUAACCCAUACACACAUAUAUUUCUAUCUUCUGUUGUAUCGAAUAUGUUUUUUUUAGACUGUCAGAGCGAAUUGUGUUAGCUUAUUAGUAACCCUUACACACAUACUUCCUUUUUUCUGAUGUAUCAAAUAUGCUUUUUUCUCUUAGUCUCUAUAUAAUUUUCAGUCUUGUUAUUGUGCAUUUAUGUAAUUAAUUUAUUCUGAGUGUCUAACAAUGUUACAAUUUUUGAUGCAACCACCAUGUAUGCCUUGUAAUGGACCAUCGGCCCAGUCAAGCUGUUUUUCCAACAGCUUUUAGCCUUUGGUAUCUACCAAAACACUUGUAUUUCUGAAAAUAAAAUCUAUUUCUACCUAUCUA